ACCAUCAAGAUUAGCCAUAGUUAAAUGUGCAGCACACAAAAAAGAUGGUACUUUUGUUAGUGACGGAAAUGAAGCAGCAGAUGAAGCAGCAAAGAAAGCAGCAGUAAACCAAAUAAAUAUGAUGCCAGAGACAGCAGCACAGCCAGAACCUAAUCCGCAGGGAGAUAAUGAACCAAGCUCUCCAGAAUCGAGCAUUAGUCCUGAUGAAGAACAGAGGGCAAGUCCAGAGCCAGAGGAAAGAUUAUUACUUAUACCUGAAGACUAUGCGCCCCCUACACCAGACUUAACCUCACUAGCGAACAUGCAGGCAGCAGCAUCAGGAGAAGAGAUUCGUAAAUGGCUCGCAAGAGGAGCAACAAAAAAUAAUGAUACUAAUGUUUGGCGAAGUGCAGAUGGGCGUUUUGUAGCUCCACAAAAUUUUCUUUUAACCCUGAUAAGACAAGUUCAUGGUAACGAUCACGUAGCAAAAGGGGAAGUGAUAAGGAGAAUCCAAAAGGAAUGGUGGUCGCCUUAUCUAGGUCCUAUGGUUCAUCGAACAUUAUCGCAGUUUUGUGACAUCUGUGCUAGAUUUAACGUUAGAAAACACUUUACAUCACCGAUAGGACACAUCCCAGAGCCAGAUGGGCCGUUCAGGCAUAUAAUGUUUGAUUAUGUGGACAUGGGGGAACCUAGGAUACAAGGAAAACGAUAUAUCUUAGUGGUAGAAGACAGAUUUAGCAGAUGGGUAGAAGCUGUGGCAACAGCUAAGGAAGAUGCAACGGCAGUAGCAAAAUUCUUAUGUAGAGAGGUGAUACCAAGAUUUGGAAUUCCAGACACAAUCAGUUCAGACAAUGGAAAACACUUCACAAAUAAGAUAGUACAGAAAAUUACUCAGUGGUUAAAAAUCAAGCACAGAUUCGGAUGUGUUUAUCACCCCCAAUCUCAGGGGAUGGUAGAAAGAGCAAAUGGAGUUCUAAAAAUGAAAUUGGCUAAAAUAUGUGCAGAGACAGGCAUGAACUGGUUUCAAGCUUUGCCAUUAGCCUUAAUGGGCAUGAGAUCGCAAACUAACCGUAACACGCAUCUAACUCCGCAUGAAAUGCUUACUGGCAGACCUAUGCUUACUUCCUUUACUCGCGGGCCCUAUAAAGGCCCCACACUUGAACAACUGCAAAGUGAACUCGAUCAUUAUGUGAAACACUUAUCUGAAAUACACAAAGCUAUUUUCCAACAGGUUAAGGGAGCAACAAUACACGAUAACACCAGACAGAGAGCAGCUGAUCAAGCUGAGGACGCUGAGGCAGAGGACGAGAGAACUGUACUGCCUGGUGACUGGGUAUUCAUCCGAGUGUUCAAAAGAAAGUGGGAUCAAGCUAGAAGGGAAGGACCAUACAAGGUGGUGUUGGCAACUCCAACUGCUGUGAAAGUUAAAGAAUGGAACCGGUACCUGACCCAAGGUGGAUAGUUUCCUGUUCAGUCUGCUGUGGUGCAUGGAAAGAGGUUAUGGAAAAGACUCCAACGAAAAGAUGGGCGGAAUUGAGACAUGACCUGGUUGACUGGCAUCCGCAGCACCCAAUAGGGACCAAGGAGUUCAUCACCAUGGCUAACGUCUUGACAAAGGACUUCAAAUGGAUUAAGGCAAAGACACAGGAAGCCUUCGACCUGGACGUAAGCAGAGGACUUCGUCUGGAAACAACUACAUAUCAGCUUGGGAGACAUCUGAAGCUAGGCGUUUAUAGAGGUAUUGGGAUUGAAGAAGAGUGGGCUGGAUAUGAUAUCUGUGGAGUAGUUGAAUUUGACGAUGUUUACAUGGCAGCAACUAAGACCAUAGCUAAAGUGAUGUUGGGGGAUGACAUUUUAUGGACG